AUUCGUUGAAGACUGUUUCACACGAAGUUAACAAAGAUGCCUGAUCCGGUUAAGGCUCCGAAGAAGGGCUCAAAGAAAGCCGUCUCUAAGAGCGUCUCCAAGACCGGCAAGAAGAAGAGGAAGACCAGGAAGGAGAGCUACGCCAUCUACGUGUACAAGGUCCUGAAGCAGGUCCACCCCGACACCGGCAUCUCGUCCAAGGCCAUGCUGAUCAUGAACUCGUUCGUGAGCGACAUCUUUGAGCGCAUCGCCGGCGAGUCCUCCCGUCUGGCUCACUACAACAAGCGCUCCACCAUCACCUCCAGGGAGAUCCAGACCGCCGUCCGCCUGCUGCUGCCCGGUGAGCUGGCCAAGCACGCCGUGUCUGAAGGCACCAAGGCCGUGACCAAGUACACCAGCUCCAAGUAAACCCGCUGAUACACCCAGCAACACAAAGGCCCUUUUCAGGGCCCCCACUGUUUA